CAAAAAUAAGUUUAAUUUAUCACCUUGACCAUUAUGGCUUUGGUUGACCGAAUGAAUUAUAAGCAAGAAGCAAUUGACACGUUUAUACCUACAUGGAUAAAUUACCAAUAUUGACCAAAUCCACAAUUGCGUCCUAAAGAAUCAACUCCCAUAUCUGUUUUUGUUUCCACAGAGGCUCAACAGUUCUAGACAGCCAUCACUACACUUGCUCCCAGGACUUUACCCAAAAGUAGUAAGAUCUCAAAUAAAAGCUAAAUGCUGUGGAUGCUGUAAAAUAGAAACGAGGCGGGAAAUGCUGGAGAUAAUCAGCAAGCAGGUAAGAUCUACUGGAAGACAAAUAGAGUUAACAUUUCAGAAGGAUGGCCUUUAAUCAGAAAGAUUUGUUUAACCAAAUGUACUUCACCUGCAAGAAAAACUAACACAAAGCCCUUUAGAUGACUAACAAACUCAGCUGUGCAACAAGCAAAAAAAAAUAUUAAGUAUGGACUUCAGAGUCCUGAUGAAGGGUCUGGGCCUAAAAUGUCAAUUGUUUACUCUUUACCAUAGAUGCUACCUGGCCUGCUAAGUUCCUCCAGCAUUUUACACCUGUCACUUGGAUUUCCAUCAUCUGUAGAUUUUCUCCUUUUCAAGAACCUUAUCCAUUUGUAACAAGGAGGGACUACAGGUCCAUCACAUAAGGAUCAGUGUGAGUAAUGAAAUGGCACUCAUUUGCUGUGGGACUUGGGGAAGAUACUUCAUAAAUCACUGGAAAAAUUAUGACCACGACUUUUAUGGAUAGCAUCAAGCAGUGAUGUAAUACUGUUGAAAUUAUUUAUCUGGUUUAUUAAUAGUCAAAAUAUGAUUUUUUUUUCAUUGUUUAUCCAACUUAGAACAAUGUAUUUUCUUUACAGCUUUCCUUAGUAAAAAUUUACAGUGGCCUAUAAUUCCACGGGGAUUAUGAAGUUUUUUCAUGCUAUUCCCAAAUUGUGACAUACGUACAUGUAAAUAGGUGGGCUACUUAACAUUAGGUAAAGUAUUCUCAAGGUGGGUUCUUACUCAGGAUUUGCACACACUGCCUGGAUUAGCAUAGUGUAAUGAGUUCAAAUCCCAACUAACAAGGCGUCAAGCUACAUUCGGCAAACAGCGGGCUCGCGUUUUAAACGGUGAUGAUCAAUUCAAAAGGAAAUCUGAGAUCUCUCAGUGCCUCGUCAGCUGCUCCCGGCAUUUUGGUAUGAGCAAUGUGGAAUAUGCUGAAAACAUUUCAAAACCCUCUAAAGCACCUUUUUAUGUUAACUUAGUCCAUACUACAGAGAAAUCUCGAUAAAACGUCGUGGCCACGCGUUUAAAAUAGAAAAGAGGAAAUGAUAACUCAGUGAGUGUGAGUAUCACAAGGAAUUACGAAAGAAAAUACACUGCCAGGUGCAGAGGCGUAGGAAGAGAGUGAUAAACCGUUGCAUUUAACAGAUUUGAUGGUGGCUGCAAUAGGGCGGACAGCCAACAUGCUGAUGUGGUCGGUACCGGGCUCCAGGCUGCCCUCUCCCCGGGACUCGGCGCUCCGCAGGGCGGCACUGGCUGGAGCCGUGACCGCUCUCCCUCAGCAUCUCCCGGGCAGCAGGAGCAUCAAGGUCUUCAUCAGCUGCAAUCCCGAAGGUGGAAAUAACUUGUGGUGCUUUGAUGCAUGUCUCCUCACAGACACAGAAGCAGAAAGGAAGUCACUGAAGGAGCAUGUGUACCCUAAACUGCGGGAAUUCUGCAGGGAAAACUAUGGACUUGAAUUCCAGGUAAUAGAUGUUUACUGGGGAUUGGAUUCAGAAGAAUGGGAUAAGCCAGAACUCCACAGAAUUCGGAUGAGGCUUUUAGAAGAUUGCCUGAAAACCUCUGCUGGUCCAUGUUUUGUUGGACUGUUUGGGGAAAAGUAUGGCAGUGUUCGCAUACCCGGGGAGGUUGAGACUUCCGAAUUUGAGAUGAUUCUGGAUGCUGCCAUGGAGGCUCAGCUGAAUACAAAAAUCUUGGAAGAGUGGUACUGUCGAGAUGAAAACUCUGUCCCACCAACAUACUACCUCAAACCAGAGUCUGAAAUGCUGAAAGAUUAUCAGAAUAUGAAAUGGAAGGAAAUAUCAGAGGAAAUUAAGAAAGUCUUUAAAACAGCUGUAAACCUAUUGCAACAGCGAGGAACAAUGCAUAGCUCCAAAGCCAAGAAGUAUCUCUGUUCAGCAAUUGAAGAUGAGUUUGAGUUUGCCUUGGGAAACCAAACACCAGCAUUUCUGAGGAAGUGUGUGUGUUAUAUCAGGAAAAUUGCUAACAUUGAUCGUCAUGUGAAGAAUCCAAAAAUGGGCCGAUACAUGGACAUCAUAGAGGUCAAUGGAAAAUUUAUGCGAGAUCCAGUUGCAAGUGAGAAACUUGUGAAACUCAGGGAUGAGUUCAUUCCUACAAUUGUUGCCUCUUCCAACCUGAGAGUAUACACCUCCAUCACCCACUGCGAUAUGAAACUUGGAUAUUCAGAGAAUGUAGAGAACCAUUAUGUUGAAGGCCUUUGUAAGCAGUUCUAUGAUGAUAUGAUUGACAUUAUUCAAUCAACAGUUCAACAGAACUUUGAUAUUGAAACAGAUGCACUUUAUGAUGAAGUGCUGCAGCACUUAUCCCUUUGUAAAAUGUACGCCUCUUUCUACCAAUACCGAUGUGAGGCUUUGAACCUCAUACACAAGUACGUAAGGCCUUGUAAACCAGGACAGGUGAACCCACUUGUGGUGUAUGGUGGACCUUGUACAGGCAAAACACUUCUUCUGGCAAAGGUGGCACAGCAGGCCUAUUCUUGGCUUCAGGAGGAAAUGGGCCCCGAUUCUGAUCCAGUUAUAACUGUGAGAUUUUUGGGAACAUCUGAGUUAAGUACAGAGCUUAAAACCUUACUGCAAAGUCUCUGUGAACAAUUAGCCAUUAAUUAUCGAUGUCUCAUACACAGCUAUCCUCAAAAAAUACAUGACCUGAAGGAAUUAUUCAUCAAUCUACUAAAUGAGUCUUCCUUCCAUCGGCCGCUAGUGUUAAUAUUUGAUGCCCUGGAGCAAUUGUCAGAAGGGGAGGAAGCACGCAGACUGUGGUGGCUUCCCAUUCAUCUUCCUCACUCAGUACGUGUAAUAUUGUCGACACUACCCAACAAGCACAGUAUUUUGCAAAAGCUGAGAUGCUUGAUACCGAAUGAUAGUAACUAUAUUGAACUGCCACAGCGUGACAGAAAAGUAUGCAGCCAAAUUUUGAAGUAUCAGCUUCUGCAAGUGAAAAGAAAGGUUACCUCAGGUCAGCAGAUCUAUGUCAAUGAAGCCUUAACCAAGUGUACACUGCCCAUGUUUGUUAACCUGAUUUACCAUGAGGUCAAACACUGGAGAUCGCACAAGGAUGUCGAUGACACUUCACUUUGUGGAACAGUACAUGAAAACAUUGAACACCUUUUCUGGUCUCUUGAAAAUAAGUGUGGAUCAAGACUGGUUUCAAGAGCUCUUGGUUUCAUUACAAUUGCCAAAACCGGUCUGAGUGAAAUGGAACUGGAAGAUGUCCUUUCACUUGAUAACCAUGUCCUUAAUGAAACCAAAGCAAAUUCUGAGCUUCAGAAUCCACUGCGGAUACCAUAUUAUUUCAUCGCAAGAUUGAAAGAGGAGCUGUGUGGCUACUUAGUGGAGAGGCAGGUGAGAAGUGUAACCCUUCUGGUUUGGGCGAAUCGCCAUCUGCAUCUGAUCGCCCAGAAAUUGUACUUGCAGAACGAGGAAGAUGUACACGAAAUGCACAGUAUCUUGGCAGAUUACUUUUUAGGAGUUUGGUCCGGGGGGAGACCGCGGUUGUUUCAUCCCGAGCAGAGUCAAAUCCAACCUCUGGACAACAACAAGAGUGUGAAUGAGGAGAAGCAGCCUGGCGAGAAGACCUUUGACCGGCAAGUCCCUGAGCAACCGUGGGUCUUCCAGUGCAAUCCUCUGGAACCAGAUAUCUUCUUUGUGAAUCACAGGAAAAGCACUGAGCUGCUGCAUCACCUGACGAGGAGUGAGAGGACAGAUGACCUCAUGUACAAUGUGAUCAUGAACUUCAGCUGGUUGUACACCAUGAUCAAAAUUGGUCACCUUGACAACGUCCUUUCUGACAUAGAUCUUGCUUACAAUUACUCACAAGAGAAAGAACUGAAGUUUCUGGCAAGGACUCUGCGAAGCAUCAAGUUGAAAGUCUCGAAGAACCCAAGCUCACUGUCUGCUGAGCUGCAACAGAGGCUUUUGCCGGUCAUCAGCUCUUUACCAAAGCUGAGGCAUCUUCUAUUAGAGUGCGACAAAGAUGGCCCAAAGUAUUGCUCGAUUGUGCCUUUGCACUCCUCCCUAGAUGUGAUGUACAGCCCCGAACGACUCCCACUGACCAGCAGCCAUGCACACGUGAUCGAGGUGCUGCCAACGUCAAGCCCUAAUGUGAUCAUCGCUGCACUGGAAAACGGUUCCAUCACUACCUGGGACGUGGAGUCACAGCAGAUUCUGCGGCAAAUUACCACUUCAAACUCGGCUGUGCUGGGGAUGAAGCUUACGCACGAUGAGAAAUACCUGGUGGUAUCCACGACAAAAAAUACGUUGCUGAUAUACGACAAUCAUAAUUCAUGCCAGCUGUCGGAGGUGGAGAUCAAGGGCUCCAAGCACUGCAUCGCGGGUGGAGCCAACAGUUUCAUAUAUGGCUUUACUUUGUCAAUUAACCAUGCCCUUGCAUGGUUGCAGGGUAGUAAAGAUGUGCAUGUGAUUGAUUUAAUUUAUGGAUGGCCACUCUACCAGUUCCAUUGCUGGUAUGAAGUUACUUGUGUCCAAUGUUCUCCUGAUGGAGUAUAUGCAUUCUGCGGCCAGUGCUUGAACACAACCACCAUUUUCCUCUUGGGAAGUGGUGAGAAGCUGUCCACAGUGACAUCAGAAUUUUCUGGGGGAUAUGUAAAAUCCCUUCUCUUUCUGGCUGCAGUUCAAGAAAUGGUGAUGAUUGAUAACGAAGGUAGCCUCUCUGUCUGGAACAUAGAUGAGAUUACGAAUCCUCAGCUGAUCGAGGACUUUGACUGCAGAGGGAAAGACAACGAAGUAGUGAGCCUAGAGCUGUCAGAAGACCAAAGCUCAAUCCUCAUCUGUAAGGCUUUCAGCAUCGAGGUGUUAGACACUAGCAUUUGGAAGGUGACUGAAAAGUUCAAAGCAAAACACAAUGAACGCUUCAUAUCAGCAGUCCUUUCUAAAAACUGUGACUCAAUUAUUGCUUCGAUGGAACACAUGUCAUCGAUAUUUGUGUGGCGGAGAGAUACUGGACAGUGCAUGGCAAGUUUGCAGGAGAUUUCAGGAGCCAAUGUAAAGCUGGUUAAAUCAAACCAACACAAUUUGCUGCUGUCUUUGACAAGCAAUGGCAUUCUCUCUGUGUGGGAUAUAGACAUCAUAACGGCCAUCUCGAACAUUGACAAAACCGGGAAAGCAAUUCAAAGCCUUCUCCUGCCAGGCAAAGGUGAACUAAUUUACACACUGGAUGGCUCAGAGUCUGUUUAUAAAUGGAGUUUCAGUACGGGAUAUAUAGAAGCUGUAUUUAAACAUGAGAGCAUUGUGGAAAACUGUGUUCUCACAUCAUCAGGUGAGUUCAUGGUCACAUCCGAUGACAAAGGCAACCAAUACAUCUGGCACACUGUUACUGGAGACAACAUCUUCCGCAUCAAUGGGCAGAGGAUAUCCCAGCUAUUGAUUACACACAAUGAUCAGUUUGUAGUCUCCCUCUGCAACCAAGGUAUCUCUCGGGUAUGGAGGCUGUCCACUGGUCACAAAGUCUGUAAUAUUCUGGUUCCCAUGCAGAACGCAUUCAUCACAUAUCCUAACACCUUCGUAAUUGGUGUUUCAAAAAACAAAUUAUUGGCUGUCAGUUUGUGGACAGGAAGCGUUACAAAGAAGUUCUGCUGUGACGAUGGUACAACCAUUGUAAACUUCAAGCUGAUCCCUGAUUCUCCAGACUAUGUAGUUUUCAUUACAUCAGCUGAAACCCUCUUUAUUUGGAGUGUGACAGAGGAAGCGGUGUGCAGACGUGUGCAGCUUCCAAAUAAUUUCCUAAAAAACCUGGAGGAUUUUCAGAUAUCUCCCAAUGGGAAACUGGGAAUUUUGUCACGGGGCGACGACAACAUUAACAUCAUGGACUUGCACAAUGGGAAACUGCGACUUGUUCCUGCCACUGGAAUUAUUUGGCGUCAGAAACUAUCACGUGAUGGCCGUUACCUGGUGUACAUCUGUUUCAGAAACUGCAGUGAUGAUAUUGACAAUGAGGCUGUGUCUAGUUUAAUCGUGGUCAGGUUGGCUGAUGGGAAAAAUAUUGGAGCAUGCUCACUUUACAAGACUCCAGCUUUUCUGAGUCUCUCCCAACGCCAUCUGAACAUCAUUGUGGGCUUUGACGACGGCAGCAUUGGAACCUACACUGUCGUAGACCGAGUUGACGCAGCCUUAAAAAUUAAAAUAGCCACGUCAAACAGCCGACAUAUUUUUAGUAACUCAUCUCGGCAAAUCAGACCUAAACGUGUGAAUUUUACAUGCAAGCACAUAGCAGACUGCGUAUGGAGAGAGUCUACUGAGGUUUUUGCCAGGGAUAGCCCAAUUACGGUCUCUGAUUCAUGUGAAACACAGGAGACAACACCUACCAAAAAGCAACCUGAUAAAGCAGGUUCAACAUUACAAAUAGACUACAAAUGUCAGAACUUCACAGCUGAAAGCUAAGCCAUGUUUUUGUGUGUGCAAAAAGAAAGUGUAUACAGAAAAAAUAUUUUAAUAUGCUGGGUGUAAUUUUAAAAGUCACUCAAAGAUACUCUGGUUUUAUUACUUUUGAGAAGAGUUAUUCACUAUUUCAAGACGACCAAUAUCUCAGGAGUAAAUUAAAACUUUUCAAUUCAAAACAUUUUUCUUUAUUUGGAUGCUAUAACUUUUCCUGGCAUUGUUUCUCUGGUUGACUCCUGGCAGGCUCAUUAUGGAUAUUAAUGUAUACACAUAAUGUUUUACCUCUUAGGAUUUCUGGGUAAAUGGUUAAUCCGGCCUGAUAUUUCUCUAUUAACUUUAAAUAGUACUAUCCUGAUUGAAAUAACUGAUGUAACUUGUUUUCGGGUAUUUUUUUAAUGGGCUUUACCAAAUCAACCUUAAAUUCUUAGCAGGGACGGUGUCCUGAACUGGAUAGAAUAAAUGAAAAGUAAACUGAUGAUCUGAUCAGAAUACAGGAGGUAACAACAGUGAAUAAUUACAUUGAUCACUUCAUUUCUUGGUUUUCAUCCUUUUUUUAUAAAGAAAUUACACUUUCUAAAAUAGAAGCACAGUGAAGUGAGCAACUUCCAGCUAUUCUCUUGGAAAAUCCAUCUCAGAAUACCAAUUUUUACAGCUUGCAGACAUUGUUGUUCUCCUUCUUAAGACACACUUUGGUAUUGUGUAUUGUUUGAGCUCACACUUUUCCACAAUGUUUAAUUCAUAAAAGAGAAAAAAUAUUUGUUAGUCAAAGCACUCUACGAAAAUUAUACAUCUAGAGAUGAUUUGAUAUUCUGGCUGGAGUCUUGUAUGAUUCCUCCCAUUUUUGUCAACUGCAGCCAUUUUACAAUGUCACAUUGUAAUACAUCAAGGUUGUUAAGAAAUUGAACUUUCUAAAUAUAAAAAUAGUGAAUAUUAGUAUACAAGAUUGGGAGGAGAUUUGGCAGAGGAGAAAAGGUUCUGAUGUGGCAACCUGAAACAUCAAUAAUUCCUUUCCUUCCACAGAUGCAUCUUGAUCUAUUGAAUCCCUUCAGUAGUUUUUUUUUUGGUAGUUUGUUCACAGGUGCCAAGAUACCAAAAAAACUUAAUUUUGCAUCCCAUCAACACAGAUAAUUCCAAAAAAAACUACAUCAAGUUAGUUCAAUAGGAAAGGCAAUAAUGGAAUGCAAAAUAUAGAGUUACAGUUACAAUUACAGAAAAAAAUGGUUUGCAGAUAGACAAAUAAGAUGCAACAGCCACAACAAGGUAGAUUGAGAAACAAAGAGUUAAUCAGAUCCUGCAAUCUCUUGUGUCUACAGUAGGAGGUCAUGCCAGGUUCAAAUAGCAUAGACUGAGGCAAGUUAUUCCAUCGUGGGCACUGCCCUCCAUAGUAUCCAGGUCACCUUCAAGGAGUGAUGUCUCAAAGAGGUGCUAUCCAUCAUUAAGGACCCCCAUCACCCAGGUCAUGCCUUGUUCUCAUUGCUACCAUCAGGAGGGAGGUACAGAACCCUGAAGGCACACGCUCAACAAUUCAGAAACAGCUUCUUCCCCUCUGCCAUCCAAUUUCUGAAUGGACAUUGAAACCAUGAAUACUACCUCACUACUUAUUUAUUUCUAUAUUUGCACUACUUAAUUAAUUUAUCUAUUUUAUUCUAUAUAUGUGUAUUGUGUCCAAAUGGCUGGCUACACAUGACUCCAUGGCUCCCCUCUCUUGAGUCACAGCCCGCUCUGCCACAUUGGGGUUUGUGUGUACGUGUGUGUAUAUAUAUAUAUAUAUAUAUACACACACAUACUUACAUUAAUUCACAGAUUUUUUGUUUUAUCAUGUAUUGUCAUGUACUGCUGCCACAAAGACAAUAAAUUUCACAACACAUGCCAGUGAUAUCCAACCUGAUUCUGAUUAUUCCCCUAAGCAGAUAGGUCAAUGGUCAACAAGAAAUUUAAAGCAAAGGAUGAAAGAGGUAAAGGGUUUUUAGAAGAAUUUUUUUUCAUAGAGGGUGACUUUGAUCUGAAAUCAUGUUGGAAACAAAGGGAUAUAGGGCUUUCAGAGAUUGGAUGAACCUUGGAGACACAGGUGUACAGGUACACAGCAGCAUGGCAGGUAGACUGGGUGGUGAAGAAGCCAGGCUGGUGAGUAUAGAAAUCAGGAAGUUAUGUUGCAUAAGUAUAAGGCCUUGGUAGGACCACACUUGGAGCAUUGUGUAUAAUUAUAAUUACUCUGUUAUAGGAAAGACAUUAUUAAACUAGGAGUACAAUGAAGAUUUAGGAACACUUGAGGGCCUCAGUUAGAGAGAGAGGUUUGAGAAGCUAGGACUUUAUUCCUAGGAGCAUACGGGAUUGAGGGGUGACCUUAUAGAGGUGUAUAAAAUCAGCAGGGGCACAAACUGGGUGAAUGCACAUAGUCUUUUACCACAGAAGGGAAACUUUAAAGAGGUCUUCGGUUCAAGGUGAGAGGUGAAAGAUUUACAAAGGACCUAAGGAGCAAUUUCUUCACACAAAGGAGGUCAUGUAUAUGUGAACCGAGCUGAGGCAGGUACAAUAACAAGAUUUAAAAGAAACCUGUCUAAGUACAUGGAGAGGAAAGGUUUAGAGGGAUGCGGGCCAAGCGCGGGCAAGAGAAGCUGGCUUAGUGGGCACCAUGGUUAGUAUGGAUGAGUCAGGCCAAAAGGUUUGUUUCCCUGUUGUAUUACUCAAUAACUCCAUGUUUCUAUGGAGAAUGUAGCAUUCUGGAUAGCUUGUGCUGUACAGUAUGUUGUUCCAUAAGCAUUAUAAAUUCUUUUGGUACAAAUUUCAGCAAGUAGCUCACCUGUCUAACAGUAAAUAGCAAGAGCUAAAACUGCAUAUACAAUUAGGCAGAUAUAGUAUCUUAGUCAUAAAACUAUUUAUUUUGGAAACAAGGUCUAGGUGUGACCUACCCUUGCAUUAUUAUAUUUCCACACAUGGUGUCAGAUAGUAAGUUUUCCCAUUUGGAUAUUUCAGUAUAUACUAGAGAGGAACAGGUAAUAAAAUCUGAAGUGUGAUCCUGUAAACGUCACCUGGCGAGAUGAAGCAUAAACCUUUGUUGGAGAAUUGUGAUGCCUUACAUUUGUGAAGAUUGUUGAUCAUUUAAUAGCAAAAGCAUGUUUUGGAAAAAAAACACUUGUUAACACAGCUUACCAUUCUACAGUGAGGACUAUUCCAGAAGUGAGAGGGAGAUUUUAUCCUGAGCAGCUAAAGUUUUAAGGCCAUCAUAUUUUUGUGAAGUUUUAUUAUGAUAUGUUGAGAAAACUCUUUAUCGUGCAAGUAGACACAUAGAAAAAUGAAAAUAUUGUAUGAAGAAGAGUACUUCUAAUAUUAGCACUUUUACAAACAAAGUCACAACAGAUCUGAAAGCUUGCAUUUAGAUGGCUUAUCCAAUGCAAGAAAAGUGUGUAAAACAACCCUUUCCUCAAUGAACACAAGAUAUUUUUAGGAUAUUGUAAUUUUGCAUUCAUUAGAACAGAUGUUGACUUUGGCAAUAUUGACUUUAUAGCAACUGAAGACUGGGAGGUGUGUAACAUGCAGACCAGCAAUCACCCUUUAGGCACUUUGCUAUUGACCGAAAUUACUAGGAUUGUGCUUUGCGGCCAGGUGGAUCAUAUUACAUCAGCAGUCCUCAGUCACUUCCGUUAAAUAUGCUCGUACUGCAAUGGUUCUGUGUUGUGUUCUGCUUUGGAGAUAAGGUUCCAUUGUAUUCAGUGGAACUGAAUUUCAAAAUUGGAAUACAGCACACAGCUGCUGCUGUAUUUAUUUGCAUAUGUAGCACGAACAGCCACGGCCUGUCUCAUUGAAAUGUACAAAAUUUUAAGGGGCGCUGACAAGGUGGGAAGUAGAGCUGAUGUUUCUCCUGGCUCAAGACCCUGAAAUGAGAGAUCACUAUCUCAAAAUAGAGAGUCAGUCACACAGGACCGAGUUAAGCUGAAAUGUAUUAACCCAGAUCCAGUCCAUGGAAGCUCAGUUAAUAAGGAUAUUCAAGAUGUCCAUGGAGGAAUGUUGGUGCAUUCCAGGCUGCAGGAAUAUGUGCCGAGGGAUGCACUGAUACUUGGUGGAGCCAUCGCAAGGGCUAAGUGGAAUAGAUCCACAGUAUAGGGUUCUUCUGCAAUUGGAAAGCGAGAAGCAGCAUUGAGUGAGGAAGCUCUUCAAUUAUUGUAGCAAGGCCACAAGAGUGGCAGUAGUGCAGUUGAUACAUAUGAAUGUAAUAGAAAGGAGCUGAAAGCAUUGACUGUGAAUGUAAAGAAUGAAAAGACACUGUUCAUUUUAGUUUGGUAAGUACUUUUAUUAUAAUAAAGUUUAUUUUGAUAAAAGGUAAGGAUCAAUAGAUAUUUUAGAUUUAAAGGAUGUGUGUUUGACACAGAUAAUUGGUAAAAGAUUAGAAUCAUCUUGCUGAGUGGCAGAGGAAGGACAAAGCAAUGAACGACCACCUCCUGCCUCCACUUCUUAAAUUUCUUCUGCUUUUCAUUCACACAGGCCGUGUUUGAACUUGAUUCUCCUGAUUUCUCUAACAACUGGUCACCUCACUACAGGAAGGAUGUGGAAACCAUAGAAAGGGUGCAGAGGAGAUUUACAAGGAUGUUGCCUGGAUUAGGGAGCAUGUCUUAUGAGAAUAGGUUGAGCGAAUUCAGCUUUUUCUCCAUGGAGCGAUGGAGGAUGAGAGGUGACCUGAUAGAGGUGUAUAAGAUGAUGAGAGGCAUUGAUCGUGUGGAUAGUCAGAGGCUUUUCCCAGGGCUGAAAUGGCCAGCAUGGGAGGGUAGAGUUUUAAGGUGCUUGGCAGUAGGUACAGAGGAGAUGUCAGGGGUAAGUGUUUUACGCAGAGAGUGGUGAGUGCGUGGAAUGGACUGCUGGCAACAGUGGUAGAGGCAGAAAUGAUAGGGUCUUUUAAAAGACUCCUGGACAGGUACAAGGAGCUUAGAAACAUAGAGAGCGAUGGUUAACCCUGGGUAAUUUCUAAGGUAAGGACAUGUUCGGCACAGCUUUGUGGGCCGAAGGGCAUGUAUUGUGCUAUAGGUUUUCUAUGUUCUAACUGCUAGCAAAUUAACAAAGGCAGAGUCAUUCCGGGUUUCUUCCCCAAGUGCAUACACUUGUGUCAUGAUUGAAUCACCAGACAGGCAGGCAGAAUUCUGGACCACUGGUCCACAAACUUGAACUUGAAUCACAUAAUGGUAGCAGAGGAAUUUAAAUUUAAAUAAUUAAAUGCAGCGGAUUCCGGUUAAUAGCAAUACAUCAGGACCAGUAUAAUCUACCCCAAUUAAGUAAAUGCUCUAAUUAGCCGAAGUUUCAUGGAAAUAGCUAAAAAGAAUUUAAAAAGGACUACCAUUUAACUGAGUAACAAAUUAUGCAUUUAAAUGAAAUACAGAACAAAUUAGAACACUACCAAUACUUUUACAAGUACUAUAAAGUAGUGUAUUAGUUCCUAAUAGUUAUCAAUGAAGGAAUUCACCCAGUGUACGUGGCUGCGUUCUUUUCAUUGACUAUAAAUGAACAAAAUCUUUUCACUUCAAAUCAUUGUUGGGAACUUCAAUCAGGCUGCUUUGAAGAAAUCUCUACCCAGCUAUCAUCAACAUACAACCUGCAGUGCCAGAGGUCGCAAUGCACUCGCCGACUGCUAUACUACGAUUAGGAAUGCCUACCGUUCCAUCCCCAGACCGUAUUUUGGGAAAUCUGAUGACUUGGCUGUCCUCUUCCUAUCUGCAUACAGGCAAAAAUUGAAGAGCAAGGCUCCCGAGAUAAGGACAACAAAGAGGUGGUCACGGGAGUCAAUGGAGUGGCUACUGGUUUGCUUCAAGUCGCUAGAUUGUGCCACGUUCAUGGACAUAAAAGCAGUUAUAAGUGAGUGUAUCCCCACAAAAUCAUUCAAGGUGUUCCCCAACCAGAAGCCCUAGGUGAACCAAGAGAUCCACUUACUACUGAGGGCCAGAACAGGGGCAUUCAGGUCUGGUGACUAAGUAAGAUACAAAAGGUUCAGAUGCAUUCUCCAGAAAGCCACUUCACAUAUGAAGUGGCAAUUCCGGACCAAACAUGAAGU